AUGGCUCCAUCAUUCUCUUUCCCUCUACCGCCGAUCACGGCUGACCGGCUCGAGGAACUUUACACCGUUCUCGGCGUUGAUCGAGCUGUUGUAUUUGAUUUGGCUUCUACGUCUGAGUCUCCGGAAGCUGUUCGUGAUGGAUAUGGUGGGGCGUAUCUCUCCUUCUUUGAGACCUGUGGUCUUUUCUUUCCGAUCCCGGAGGCUAUCUUUAAUAUUUGGGAGGAGCUGGGUUUGUCGCUUACUCAGAUGUGUCCUAAUUUCUUGAGGCACCUUCUGGCGCUCUUGGUCAAGGCCCGCGAGGAGGGUCUAUUGUUUGGCCUCGACGAGCUUCGUCAUCUCGUUCUGAUGAAGCGAAACAACCAAAACCCUUGGACCUUUCUUAUGUCUCCCCGUCCAAGUCAUCAAAUCAUACAGGGUGUCCCGUAUCGUGAUCAGAACUGGCGAGAGGAGUUUUUCGUCUUCAAGAUCGAUGAAGCGUCUGUGGGAAGCGUUGAUUUCUCGAGGCUUCCCCGCUAUUGGGCUGAGGACAUAGUUCAUUCGGGAAGAUCUUCUAUGACCGACGGGCUUUGGGGUUUAAUCGGAGCUCUCCGGAGAGGUCGCUCGGACUGGUCCUCUUUUGAUCAUCCUCGAAUUCGAGCUUCUUUCUUGAUGCCAGGCGGAUCGGGAGUUGCCCCGGAGAUCGCGGGUGCCUCUGAGGAUGAAGCGGAGCAUUCUCAGGAGGAGGUAGAGGCUUCUUCUAGCAAUCCUCCUCCUUCCGAUAGGUUGGAGAGGCAGCUUGCGAGGAGGUCAUUGUUUUGUACCUCCAGGUCGGCGUUGGCGGGCAAGGCCGCGAGCGGGCUACCUCUGAUCCCAAUUCCGGACUCGGAUGAUGAGGGUUCCCCCGAAGGUCGGAGACCCCCUGUCCCUUUGAGUUCCGGCUUGCAGGAUAAUUCUGCUGCUGCGAGCCGUAAACGGCGUCGAUCAUCGAAGGCCGUUAUGAAGGAGCCAUCUCGUUCCAAGCGAGAAUCGAAAGGACGGAGGCUCAUCCUAGAGGGCGACAGUGCUAGGGUACUAACUUCGAGGUUUUCCCCUUUCCAGGUCAUGGAAGCUUUCAACGAGUUUGCUGUGACGAUGGAAGAUCGUGUGCACGCUCUUCGCAACGAGAGUGAGGUGGAGAAAGGAAAGGUUGAGGUUCGGAGGCUUACGGAGGAACUUCGGGUGGCCAAGGAGGAGGCUAGGAAGAAGACUGGAGAGGCGAUGAUCUUGACGGAUGAUUGGAAGAGGGCUCGUCAGGAAAGGGCGAUCUUUAAGACCGAGGUCGCUACCCUCAGGACCAAGGUCGUGGAGCUCGAGACCGAUCGUGACCGGGAUAUCCGUAGGGUUUCUCGCGCCGCUCGUCGCGAAAUUGCUAACGGCUUCCGAGAGGUUCUAACUUCUUUGGAGGAGAAAUGGAUUGACAAGAAGAAAGAAGUAUCUGCUGAGAUUCAACUCCACGAGGUAGUUGCCAAUCUUGAUCUGCUGAACGAGAUCAAGGAUGAGGGGCUGGUUGUCGAAGAAGAGAUAGUAUGUCUGAAAGGUCGCUGUUUCCGAUAG